GGCAAAUUUAGUGCUGACAAAACGGUCACACUCUCCUGAUAGUAAAUAAACUAUUUUCUGAAUUUGCCAAGUAAAACCUAUAAAAUUAUAAAAAAAAAUGACGCGCCAUGCCCGCAACUGCACGGCCGGAGCCGUUUACACGUACAACGAGAAGAAGCGCGAUGCGGCGGAGUCCGGCUACGGGACAAAUGCGCAGCGUUUGGGAAAGGAUUCGGUGAAGUCCUUCGACUGCUGCUCGCUGACGCUGCAGCCCUGCCGUCGUCCGGUGGUCACCAAAGAUGGCUUCCUGUUCGACAAGGAGGCCAUCCUGCAGUACAUUGUGACCAAGAAGAACGAGUACAGCCGCCGGCUGAAGGAGUACGAGCGUCUGCGUCGCGCGGAGGAGGAGCAACUGAGCCAGGAGGCCAACAGCAAGCAGCAGGCGCGCAUGGAGCGCUUCGUCAAUGCGGAGAAGCCAGCGAUGACUCCCGCCCACUCCUCUGCCGUUGGCGAGAAGCCCUCCACCUCGGCGGCAGCCACAUCCUCAUCCUCCUCCGCCACCCCCUCCUCCAGCUCAUCCAGCUCCUCCUCCAUAUCCAACAUGACCAACGGGCACGAGAAGAAGCUGCCCAGCUUUUGGCUGCCCUCCGAGUGUCCCAAUGCCGUGGCCAAGGCCCAGAAGCCGGAUGCCACCAUCUACUGCCCCGUGUCGCAGCAGCCGUUGAGGGUCAAGGAUCUGAUCGAUGUGAAGUUCACGCUGCUCAAGGAUGGCGACUCCAAGCGAUCGCUGAUCGCCAAGGAGGCGCGCUACAUGUGUCCCAUCACCCACGACGUGCUCAGCAAUGCGGUGCCCUGCGCCGUGCUCCGACCCACUGGCGAUGUGGUGACCAUGGAGUGCGUGGAGCGGCUGAUCAGGAAGGACAUGAUUCAUCCGCUCACCGAUCGCAAGCUCAAGGACAAGGACAUCAUUCCCCUGCAGCGAGGCGGCACUGGCUACGCCACCACCAACGACAAUCUGCAGGCCAAGGAAAAGCGACCCAUGCUCCAGGUCUAAAGCGAGUAUAGCUCAUUCCUUCAAAUACAAAUAAAAAAUCAUCGACAUAGACGCAUUUUUAGCAAUAAAGCAAUAGAUUCAUUUGGAUAUUGGUCUUUCUUUAACCAAGUUACAUCGUAAAAGCUGUAAAAAAAGGCUUUUAUUUGUCAAAUCUCUUAAAAUUAUUUAAAAUUCCGGUUUUAUAUCAAAACUAUAGUAAAUAGUAUAAGAAUAUGUCGCCAGAUGCACAUAACACUCACUCUUAUGGCUAUGCGUCGUACUUUGGACCCUUUUAAAAAAACGAUUUUUGAAUACUUACCUCGUCAUAAAAUUUCCAACCGCAUGGCAUUCGCAGCUGAAAAUGUAUAUUUGCAAAUGUUUUGGAAAUUCAAAUGCAAAGGUUAAGUUACUUUUUUGACAGUAAUAAGAUAUAUAAACGCCAAAUGGGUAUCUAUGAGUACAUAAACUAUCAAUUAUUACUUAGUUCGUAACUUCAACAUCUGAUUCCAGCACUCUUUGGAUUGUUUCUGCCAUAAAAGCAAUGCAAACAUAAGAUACAUUGUGCAUUAUGUUGAAUACGCUUA